UGCUUUCAAGCGUAAAAAUAUUCCAAAAAUAUACGUCUAUUUUUGCAAUCUGCAUUUUGUUCAAUUUCUUUCGGUUUUUAAAGAGAUUUAGACAAAGAUGGUAAGUUUUUAAAAUAAAGAUAGCUACUUGAAAGUUUUGAGUAUGCUGCUCAAUGCAAUAAGAUCGAUUUUGAUUGAAAACAAGACUGAUUUUUCUGUACUUGGCUUAAAAUUCGUCACGUGAUAUUUAGUUUCAGUUCUAAUCAAAUAUUGUUUUAUAAAUUUCAACAGUUGGUUUUAGUGCUUGGUGAUCUGCAUAUACCUCAUAGGAAAAACACACUUCCAAUGAAGUUUAAGAAGUUAUUGGUAGGUUAAAAUAUACAAUGGCCCGAGACAGAUUAUCUGUCAAGACCUAACAUCCAUCUGAGAGAUUGUCUGGCUUAGUGUACUGUGUACAUACAACUUAGAUGAAGUAUCCAGACAAUCAAGCUAGAAUACAUGGCAAAAAAACGAUCAGGUUGUUGCAAUAUUGAUGAAAACAGGAUUGAACAAUGCUUUGGCUCAACAAUAUUGUUCAGGCUCAACAAUAUUGUUCAAUAUUGUUGACAAGUAUGAACAACAUUGGCAGCAAAACAUUGUUCAAUCAUGUUGAGCAUCAGGGUCGGCAUUUUUUUGCCAUGUAGCAUAGCCUGAAAUAAUGGUCCGACCAAAUCACAGUUUGUCUGACUAAAUUGGUCGGAUAUUUUGUCCAGCCAAAAAAAUGUCAGUUGCCUUGAAGGAAUGGGACAGCCAAAACAGCCAAACAGUCAAUAUCAGGAAGUUAACCCAUUGAGCCGCAAUGCGCCCUACUUAUUUUUUUUACUUGUCUAACGGCAGACAAGUUAAUAUUAGCCUGUAUUGAAAAAAAUGUCCAACCAAAUUUGAAAAUAUCCGAUCAAAUUUUCAUUUUGAUCCGACAUUUUCCAGACAAUUUUUGAACGUUAUUUCAGGCUUGAUUUAGUAAUUGUUUCAUUUUUAAAAUAAAUGUAUAUGUUUGCAUUCAAUAAUCAAAAACAGAAAUUAUGCUCAUUGCUCUAGGUACCUGGCAAAAUUCAACACAUUUUAUGCACAGGAAACCUAUGUACAAAGGAAACAUUUGAUUAUCUAAAGACGUUGGCUGGUGAUGUUCAUGUUGUUAGAGGAGACUUUGAUGAGGUUAAUAAAGUGAAUUGGUUACUAAUUAGUUGCAUGUGAUACUCAAUACUUUUCCUGACGAGUACUAGGUAUUGUUCAUGUGGUAUGUAUGCUGAUUUCAAUUUUUCAUUUAGAACUUAACAUAUCCUGAACAAAAAGUUGUCACAGUUGGUCAGUUUAAGAUUGGUAUCUGUCAUGGCCAUCAAGUUGUUCCAUGGGGCGAUCCAGAGACCCUUGCUAUGGUGGGUAUAUUAUAUCUCAAAUGUGAGGGCACAGUGUAAGAAGUACUCUAUAAUAAGCUGUUGUGGUUUGUGUGUGACUACAUGAAAAAAAUUAAGGACACUUGGAUGUAUGUUUCAAGUGAAGAUUGUUCAUCGUGAAAUUAGUAGUGAAGGGCCUUCGCUGAAAAUGCAUGUCAAAGGGUAAUUUCUUUUCAGGUAGAUUGGUUCAUACCAUGGCAGCAUAUCGAGGUAAUAUUAGGAGACUGUGAAUUUGAAAUUUCUCAUUUGUUUUUAGGUCCAAAGGCAGCUUGAUGUUGAUAUUCUUAUCUUUGGUCACACACACAAAGUUAGUGUACUUGUAUAUCUAGUAUAUUUAUUAUGAUUGCAAGUUACCAUCACAAUUAAGACUUGAAAGUAAAUCACAUUAUUCUGAGUAUCGGAAAGCAUGAAACUGAAAUAUUGGACAUUAAUUUUUCUUGUAGUUUGAAGCAUAUGAACACGAAGGAAAAUUUUAUGUCAACCCAGGAUCCGCAACCGGUGCUUACAAUGCGUUACUCAGGUAAACUUUCAGAAACGAUGUGUUUUAACCCAUUGAGUUGCACUGGCCCCAAUGCAUUAUUUUACUCUGUCUAACACCAGACGAUUUUACUUGUCAAGGGAAGAGCACUGGCACACAAUAAGUUAUGUUUGGAAUAGGGCUUUCUAAGAUAGGCAAGACACUUACUUUUCAAAGCCAAAUUAUUUUCUUGCAGAAAAGUGACACCAUCGUUCGUUCUCAUGGAUAUUCAAGCCUCAACAGUUGUGACGUAUGUCUACCAGCUGGUUGAUGAUGAAGUUAAAGUUGAAAGAAUCGAAUACAAAAAAUAAUUAUUUAAACUAUACACGGACAAGGAAUAAUAAUUGAACCAAUCAUCCAUUAGUACUGCACUUACCUUGGACAGGACAUAAAAUUAUGCACCACAGUAGCUGUUAAAUUAACUUAGAGAGGUUAUAUUAUGAUUUCACUUUCUGGCUAAUGAUCUUUGCCACCAAAUAUUUACAUAUAAUGAAAAGAAUUAGAGAGUUUAAGCUUCGCGUUGUACUGCAAACGCUAGGCAAAGAAAAAUUUUACGGUAUCAGGCAAUAAAGAGUAAAUAAACUUGCUGUUUUAAAACUGCAAUGCAUGAUUGUUCUUUCGACACAAGAAAAAAAAUAUGAAACGAAAACGCUCAACGAAAAUUUUCCAAAGAAUUUUUCGAACCUGCCGUUUGCCGUUCCCGGAAACUUAAACUCCCUAUUACCAUUAUUUUCUCACUCUGAUAACUGCUGCACACGAUAGUGCUUAGUAAAAUUUGCAAAUAGUCUUGUACACCAAUUGUUAGUUAAGUAGCCAGUCAAAAUGGCCUAUAGUUUAGUUGGUAUAUAAGCCUAACCACGAGGGAGACUAUCCCCCUUUCCUAGUUAUCUGACAUAGUCAUAUUUUAAACUUUGAAGGAAUACUGUAUGCCAAAUACAAAUCAGUACAUUAAAAUUUUGUAUUAUAUACACCAUGUUUAUCCUCUGGCUCUGUAUGUGCAGGGCCAUAACUUGGAUAUAUUGAUACUGGGGGUAUUGUGAGCCCAAAAGAGCGUGGCGAAAGUCGUGCCCGAUGGUCAUUUCAGUCGAUAAUUAAUAUUUCUUUUGCCAAAAUUGUUGGGAGAAAAAUUUUCGGACAUACCAUUUUCACUAACUUACCGAAUUUGUACAACACUCCCAGGAGUUACGCCCCUGGUUUUGGCAUUUGAAAACAGAGUUCUGGCUUUUGAAAAAGGAGUUUUGGCAUUUGAAAACAGAGUUUUAGCAUUUGAAAACGGAGUUCUGGCUUUUGAAAAAGGAGUUCUGGCAUUUGAAAAGGGAAUUAUGCCAUUUGAAAAGGUAGUUCUGUUUUUUUUGAAAACGGAGUUCUGGCUUUUAAAAAGGUAGUUCUGGCAUUUGAAAACAGAGUUUUGGCAUUUGAAAACGGAGUUCUGGCAUUUGAAAACAGAGUUUUAGCAUUUGAAAACGGAGUUCUGGCAUUUGAAAACUCAGUUUUGGCAUUAGAAAACAGAGUUUUAGCAUUUGAAAACGGAGUUCUGCAGCAUUUGAAAAAUCAGUUUUGGCAUUAGAAAACAGAGUUUUAGCAUUUGAAAACGGAGUUCUGCAGCAUUUGAAAAAUCAGUUUUGGCAUUUGAAAACAGAGUUUUAGCAUUUGAAAACGGAGUUCUGGCAUUUGAAAAAUCAGUUUUGGCAUUUGAAUAUUUCCCCACCUCUCCCAGAAUUUUCACCAAAAUGCAGCCUUGUCAUUCAGGUGGGUAACAGUAAUCAUAGACACAGGCAAUCCUGACGUCAAUCCCAGUUGCAUGUCUCUUGGAUUGUGUAUGCUCUAAUGCUUCGUUAUCUUCGGCAACAAACCCUCGUCCUGACGUUUUGAAACCAAAGUAUCGUACUCAAGUCUGUUGUUUUUGGAAUGGGAAUGAUGCCAUUCUGACCACUUCGGAUCAGUCAACUGUGACAGCAACUUUCCUUCUUGAAACUGGCCAAAUUUUCUCUCAAUUUCAUCGCUGAUUAAUACU